AUGGCACGGCACGCACGGCACAGCCCGCACGGGUACUGGCACAGCCCGCAUGGCACGGCCCGCAUGGCACGGCACGCAUGGCACGGCACGCACGGCACAGCCCGCAUGGCACAGCCCGCAUGGCACGGCACGCAUGGCACGGCACGCAUGGCACAGCCCGCAUGGCACGGCACGCACGGGUACUGGCACAGCCCGCAUGGCACGGCACGCAUGGCACGGCACGCACGGCACAGCCCGCAUGGCACAGCCCGCAUGGCACGGCACGCACGGCACGGCACGCAUGGCACAGCCCGCAUGGCACGGCCCGCAUGGCACAGCACUCAUGGCACAGCCCGCAUGGCACGGCACGCAUGGCACGGCACGCAUGGCACAGCCCGCACGGGUACUGGCACAGCCCGCAUGGCACGGCACGCAUGGCACGGCAUGCACGGGUACUGGCACAGCCCGCAUGGCACGGCACGCAUGGCACGGCACGCAUGGCACAGCCCGCAUGGCACGGCCCGCAUGGCACGGCCCGCACGGGUACUGGCACAGCCCGCAUGGCACAGCCCGCAUGGCACGGCACUCAUGGCACGGCACGCAUGGCACGGCACGCACGGGUACUGGCACAGCCCGCAUGGCACGGCACGCACGGCACAGCCCGCAUGGCACGGCCCGCACGGGUACUGGCACAGCCCGCAUGGCACGGCACUCAUGGCACGGCACGCAUGGCACAGCCCGCACGGGUACUGGCACAGCCCGCAUGGCACGGCACGCAUGGCACAGCCCGCACGGGUACUGGCACAGCCCGCAUGGCACGGCACGCACGGCACGGCACGCAUGGCACGGCACGCACGGCACAGCCCCAGCCCCGGGCCAGCCCCUGUCCCCCCGCUCUCCCCGUGCCCAGCGGCGUGA